AUUUUUUUCUGGGUAGUUCAAAAUUCAAAAUUACAAACUAAGUAUGAGAAAAAUAAUAAGGCAAUUAUAGAAAAUCGAUCGGCGCGAUUCAGAUUCUGGGGGAGCAUAAUGCCACAAGGAAGCCACAGUUGUUGCCACGAAAUGGAUCGUAGAGCAUGUAAGGAGAGCACGGAUGCUGAGCUAGCUUAUGGCCUGGGUUUCUUGGCUGCUUUCAGACAAUUGCGCUUCCAAUGGUCGCCGGGCGGAUCAGUUGGGCGGCUACCUGCGGGCGGAUCGCGAUCUUUGCUGUACCGGACUAACGAUGACAAUAGCGAGGAAUGCUUAAACCCAACUUGCAACUGUGAUCUACCUGUGGAAGUAAGGCGUCCCGUUUGCGUUGUGUUUGACGAAUCGGAUCCGAUUUCCGCGCUCGAGCACAGCUUCGAUUUUUCCUCAACGAGCACUCAAACUAUUUUCGUGGAACACAAAGCCGCGCAGACCGACGAGAGUUUAAGCCAAAUGAGCCAUCAAUCCACGCAGUACGAAGAUCAAGGGAAUUUUAAGAAACCAGCCAAGAAACAAACGCAGAAACAAGCGUAUCCUGCUGCGCAUUACUAUCCGAGGAACACUCGACUAAGCAAUGAAUCCUUCGACCUUCCCAAGCGACGAAAUGUGCUACACAGAAUGCUGCAUUGGAGGCAAAACUUUCUACAAAUGCCAACAAUAUCAAAAGGGGAAAGUCCAAUGGCAGAAACUUGGCAAAAUUCAGAUUCAAUUCGCAAAUUUGUGCCAGAAAUAUACGAAAGGCUGAACGAGUUGUUGAAGAAAGUCGACAAACAGGAGACACAAGUGAAGCAGCUGCAGAAAGCUGUGGAUUCCAUAAAGCAUCAAGCAAACAACAACUUUGCUGAGAGUUCAAUCUUUACUCAGAAAAAGUUGCCUUUUCUGCAGCCAGUGAACACAAAAAGAACUUGCGAUGCCGCCACUUGGACUUCAUGCAACUCGAGUAAAAGUACUCUAUCAAAAACUAGGAAUUCCUCUGCAGAGAAAAGAUCCACAAAAGUUGAAUUCGCUGAGCAACCAAAUUCGAACUAUAUGCUGGAGAAACAAUACUCCAGCGAGUGCCAAUUGUGUGUGGAGAAAACGCAGCCAGUGCUCGAUGAUCUAAUUGAGAAAGUGCUGCAACUGAUUGGGAAGCGAAACUUUGAGGAUAUCAUGAUCACUGUGCUGCUUCGUGCUGACAAUGUCUAUCAUGUGAAUGUCCAGGAGAAACAAUCAAAGCUCAAUCUUGGCUGCCUUCUGGCCACCCACGAGGCUAUCGAAAAGGCUGCCAAACGAGGCUUCUUCAAUCAGUUUCUCACCUACUCUGUGACUGAUGUUCGCAACACCGUUACGCCCCCUACUCGCCCCUUUGGCAUUCCCUUUGAGUUCGUUUCGCAAGAGAAGACCACAAAGAAUCCGAUAUAUGUCGAGGAUGAUUCCGAACCCACUCAUUCUGCAGUCUGUGAAUUUAUCACGAAGGUUCUGCGAAUGCCAGCGGAAAAAAUUAACAAAGCGUAGUCCAAACUCUUGCCUAGCCUUUGAAUUGUACCAAUUUUUAGACAAGCUGCUGUGUGGUCAGCUCUGAAAUUAUGUCAAUUAGUCAAUUAGUACCACAAAAUGUUGCGCAAUUUGAAUUUAUUGACAUUUAAAGAAAUGUGCAUAAAUUGUUUUAAACAAUGUCCAAAACAUUUUAAAGUAUCGAUUGCAAAGGAUUCGAUUCCUGAUUGUAAUGCUGUAGACAAUUGAAAUAACAUUUUAGCGCUCUUUCAUAACAUUACUAUAUCAAAAUAUACUUCAAAAUAAAUUAA